CGAAGAACUUCUCUUGCGAUGUGAUUUAUGUAGAAUCUCUUUUCUCUUUCUGUUUCGGGCUUCCGAUGAUUCGCUUGAUUUAUCGAUAGGGUUUUCCUCGGGGUUCCACCAGCUGUUAUGGAUCAUUCUCCGGGCGGCACCGACAUGCUAUUCGAGGAUUUUGGGCAGAGGGUCGAUCUAACGAGGAGGAUUCGGGAGGUUUUGGUGAAUUAUCCUGAGGGUACGACGGUGCUUAAGGAGCUGAUCCAGAAUGCGGACGAUGCCGGCGCCACAAAGGUCGUCUUUUGCCUCGAUCGCCGCUUCCAUGGCGUGGAUUCGCUGCUGUCCAGCGAGCUCUCGCAGUUUCAGGGCCCAGCGCUUCUUGCUUACAAUGACGCGGUAUUCACGGAGGAAGACUUUGUAAGCAUCUCUCGGAUUGGUGACAGCAAGAAGCAUAGUCAGUCCUGGAAGACUGGGCGUUUUGGUGUGGGCUUCAAUUCUGUGUAUCACCUGACCGACUUGCCAUCCUUUGUAAGCAACAAGUAUGUUGUCUACUUUGAUCCUCAUGGUUCGCACCUUCCAAAUGUUUCAGCAGCAAAUCCUGGAAAGCGUCUGGAUUUUGUUAGUUCAUCAGCAAUGCCCCUAUAUGAAGAUCAGUUUAAGCCAUAUUGUAUUUUUGGAUGUGACAUGAAGAACCCUUUCCCUGGAACUUUAUUUCGUUUUCCACUAAGGAAUGCAGAUCAGGCUGCUGUCAGCAAGCUUUCUAAGCAAGCGUACACUGCAGAUGACAUUUCCUUAAUGUUUUCCGAACUUCAUCAAGAAGCUGUUUUUAGUUUACUUUUUCUCAAAAGCAUCAUCUCAAUUGAAAUGUAUGUGUGGGACGUUGGUGCAAAUAAGCCGCUAAAAGUUUAUUCUUGUGCUUUAAAGGAUUCAAAAGAAAAUAUUGCACUGAAUCGCCGGGCCCUUCUGAGAUUAUAUAGCUCAAUGGAAGUACAAGAUUUGAAUUUAGAUUCAUUCUUGGUAAAUUUUCUUUGUGAGGCCAUCACUGGAGGUUAUUCAGAUAGAAGAUUAGAAACCUUUUUCAUAGUGCAGGGAAUGGCAUCGGCAUCAAGCAAACUUGGCACUUUUGCAGCCAUGGCUGCCAAAGAAUAUGAUCUUCACCUUCUUCCUCAGGCAUCUGUUGCCCUUUGUUUGUCCGAUGACUUGCCUGAGGAUCAUGUUCUUAAGCAAGGCCAAGUGUUCUGUUCUCUUCCAUUGCCGGUAAGAACAGGUUUUAAUGUUCACGUGGAUGGAUACUUUGAAGUAUACUCCAACAGACGUAGCAUCUGGUUUGGAUCCGAUUUGGAAAGAGGUGGAAAACUGAAGUCUGACUGGAAUAGGCUUCUAUUGGAAUAUGUUGUUGCUCCAGCCUACUGUGAGUUGCUUGUUGGUUUGAGCAAGCUGCUGGGUCCUACCAAGCUAUACUAUUCUGCAUGGCCAACUGGUUUAUUUGAGGAACCAUGGAGUAUUUUAGCUGAGAAUAUCUACAGAAUUGUCUAUUCAAAAAAGGUCUUAUAUUCUAAUUUUGAAGGUGGAAAUUGGAUAUGCCCAGCUGAAGCAUUCUUUCACGAUAUGGAAUUUUCAAAAAAUGAAAUACUUGGCGAGGCCCUAGUCUUAUUAGGGAUGCCUGUUGUUUUUCUACCUGGUAUUAUUUUUGAAACAAUGUAUAAAUAUUGGUCAAAUUUUAGAAUCAGUUUGGUUAGUCCUAUAAUAGUACGAAGUUUCCUAAAGGAGAGUGAGAAACUGGGCACUUUAAACAAAUCGUACAAGUUGGUUCUAUUAGAAUAUUGUCUCACUGGUCUGAGAACUGAGGUUGUUAAUAAACAUGUUGAGGGCCUUGCAUUGCUUCCUUUAGCAAAUGGUGAGUUUGGCACCUUUACUAAGACUAUAAAGGGAACAAAUUAUUUUAUAUGCAGUGAUCUUGAGUACACUAUCCUGGGAUCGACUCCUGAUAUAAUGAUUGAUCGAACCAUUCCAUCUGACUUGUUCAGCAUCCUUUCUGAAAUUGCUAGGAGUUCUCAAUCAAAUCUUGCAUUCCUCAAUGAGAAAAACUUUCUGCAGUUGUUCCCAAGGAUUUUUCCUUCUGAAUGGAGGUAUAAAAACAGGGUGCCGUGGAAUCCUUGUGCAGGCACUUCUCAUCUUAGUGCAACUUGGUUUACAUGUUUCUGGGACUAUAUUCAAGGUCAAUCUUAUGAUAUAUCAUCAUUUGGCGAGUGGCCUAUCUUGCCAUCUACUUCAGGGUACCUUUACAGAACAUCAAAAACCUCGAAGUUUAUUAAUGCAGAGAAGCUACCUGAACCAUUGCGGGAUAUUCUAGUAAAAAUCGGCUGUAAAAUUCUUGAUCCAGCAUACAAAAUAAAGCAGUGUGAUUUAUCUCUAUAUAUUUCAGAUAGCGAUGCUGGUUGCAUUCUGGACUCCAUUUUUGAUACUGAUAUCUCUGGAGGCAAUGAAAUAUGGUUGCUUUUUCAAGUUCUUUCUGUUCCUGAGAAAAUUGAGCUCCGCAGGUUUCUGCUUGAUCCACAGUGGUAUCAUGGAGGCUUUCUCUCUGAUAUUCACAUUAAAUUGGCAAAGAAGCUUCCUAUAUACAGGGUCUAUGGCGAACAACAUUCUGAAAACAUUCAUUUUCAUAAUUUGGAAAAUCCUACGAGAUACUUACCACCUGUAGAUAUACCCGAAUUCUUUGUGGAUGGUGAUUUUGUUUUCUGUUCAUCUAUCAUUGAAGAAGAGAUUUUGCUAAGGUACUUCGGUAUUGAGCGUAUGCCAAAGUCUGCUUUCUACAAAAAGUAUGUUCUAAGUAGACUGGAUGAAUUGCAAUCUGAUGUUCGUGAUACGAUUAUGCUAUCAGUUCUAAAAGAACUACCACAACUAUGUUUGGAUGAUUCUUCUUUUAAGGAAUCUAUGCGUCGAUUAAAAUUUAUUCCAACUGCAAGCGGAAGCUUAGAUUGUCCUGAAUCUCUAUAUGAUCCUCGCGUUGAUGAACUUUAUGCCCUUCUUGAAGAAUCAAAUUGUUUUCCUGGUGGUUUAUUUGGUGAACACAGUGUUCUAGACAUGUUACUGUGUUUGGGACUUAGAACCUCAGUUUCUUCUGACACAAUUAUUAAGAGUGCACGUCUUGUUGAAUCAUUAAUGCGUGAGGAUCAGUUGAAGGCUUUUAUACAUGGCACGGUGCUUCUUUCAUAUCUUGAAGUUCAUGCAAAUAAGUGGUAUAAGAAUGAUAGUCGAAAGGGUGUAAAUAUGGUGUUUUCAAAAGGUGCUACAUCAGGAAAGCCCGGCAAUUUUCAUUCACAAGAUGGUAUUGAAAAAUUCUGGAAUGACCUUAGAAUGAUAUGCUGGUGCCCUGUUUUGGACUCUGCACCCCAUGCUGCUUUGCCAUGGCCUGCAGUUUCUUCCAUGGUGGCCCCUCCCAAGAUAGUUAGACCAAGAGAAGAUAUAUGGCUUGUUUCUGCAAGUUCACGAAUACUUGAUGGAGAAUGUCGCUCAUUGGCUUUGUUCUCAGGCCUAGGUUGGUCUUCACCUCCAAGUGGAACUGUGAUUGCUGCUCAACUACUUGAACUUGGCAAAAACAAUGAGAUUGUUGUAGAUCGGAUUCUUCGACAAGAAUUAGCAAUAGCAAUGCCUAAAAUAUAUUCUCUGUUGACCAAUUUGAUAGGCUCAGAUGAGAUGGACAUUGUUAAAGCUAUUCUUGAAGGUUGUAGAUGGAUUUGGGUGGGAGACGGGUUUUCAACUGUUAGUGAGGUUGUUCUUCAUGGUCAGUUUCAUUUGGCUCCCUACAUGCGUGUUAUUCCUGUUGAUUUAGCAGUAUUCAGAGAUCUGUUUUUGGAACUUGGAAUACCAGAGUACUUGAAGCCUGCGGAUUAUGCUAAUAUUCUUUGCCGAAUGGCAGACAAAAAAGGCUGCACCCCACUUGAUGCUCAUGAGCUUAGAGCAGCAGUGUCCAUGGCCCAGCAUCUUGCAGAAAUCCAGUCUCAGCAUUUGUAUGUUAAAAUAUAUUUACCUGAUUUCUUAUCUAGGUUAAUCCCAGCAACUGAUUUAGUUUACAAUGAUGCUCCCUGGUUGCUUGAUUUGGGGGAGAAUGCAAGUGGAGAUGGAUAUAGUGUUUCUCUAAUGCCUAAGAAUAAUAUACAUAAUUUUGUGCAUGGCAAUAUUUCAAAUGAUAUUGCAGAAAAACUUGGUGUUAGUUCUCUUCGUCGUCUUUUGCUUGCUGAAAGUUCUGAUUCAAUGAAUCUGAGCCUAUCAGGGGUUGCGGAAGCCUUUGGACAACAUGAGGCAUUAACAACAAGGCUCAAGCAUAUUGUUGAAAUGUAUGCAGAUGGGCCGGGGAUACUUUUUGAGCUUGUACAAAAUGCUGAGGAUGCACAGGCUUCUGAAGUGGUUUUCCUUUUGGAUAAAACUCAAUAUGGUACAUCAUCCAUUCUUUCUCCUCAAAUGGCAGAAUGGCAAGGCCCAGCACUGUACUGCUUUAAUGAUUCGGUUUUCAGUUCCCAAGAUCUGUAUGCAAUAUCACGUAUUGGUCAGGACAGUAAACUUGACAAGCCUUUUGCAAUUGGAAGGUUUGGGCUUGGAUUCAAUUGUGUUUAUCACUUUACAGAUAUACCUGGUUUUGUUUCUGGCGAGAACAUUGUGAUUUUUGAUCCCCAUGCUAGCCACCUGCCAGGAAUUUCUCCAACUCAUCCUGGCCUGAGGAUAAAAUUUGUUGGUAGAAGGAUCUUGGAGCAGUUUCCAGAUCAGUUCAUGCCAUUCUUACACUUUGGCUGUGAUUUACAACAACCAUUUCCUGGUACUCUAUUUCGAUUUCCACUCAGGAACGAAACUUCUGCUCACAGAAGCCAGAUUAAGAAAGAAAAGUAUUCACCUGAAGAUGUGGAGUUGCUUUUCUCUUCUUUCACUGAAGUUGUAUCUGAGUCGCUGCUCUUUCUUCAUAAUAUCCAAAGGGUAACUAUUUUCAUAAAGGAUGGUUCUAGCCAUGAGAUGCAGUUAAUACACCGAGUGUCUAGGCACAGUGAUGGUGGGCUUGGAAAGGAGCCACACCCCCAUCAUAACAUGCUCAGCUUUGUUCACGGAAACCAUCAAAAUGGAAUGGAUAGGGAUCAGUUCAUGACCAAGUUGGAUAAAAUUGUAGAAAGGGAUUUGCCAUGGAAUUGCCAGAAGAUUGUACUGUUGGAGCAAAGUCCUUCUGGUUCACAUUUAAACGUUUGGGUUGUUAGUGAAUGUAUAGGUGGUGGGCGUGCUAAAAGUAAAUCUUUAUCUGUGGGUAACCAAUCAUUUAAAUUUAUUCCCUGGGCAUCAGUUGCUUGUUACUUGCACUCUGCUAACUUGCAAGACUUAAAUGAUGAUGAUUUCCUAGAUGCUAAAGUAGAAUCUUAUGUAGUCGCUCGAGUUCAAACAUCUUCAGCAUAUUACAGAAAAAAGUUUUGGGGCAGGGCCUUUAGCUUCCUCCCUUUACCGAUUAGUACUGGUCUUCCAGCACAUAUUAACGCAUAUUUUGAAUUAUCUUCUAACAGGAGAGACAUAUGGUUUGGUGAUGACAUGGCAGGUGGUGGAAAAGUUCGAUCAGAGUGGAACCUUUGUCUUCUUGAAGAUGUUAUUGCUCCUGCUUAUGGUCAUUUGCUGGUUUUCAUUGCACAAGAGGUUGGUCCAUGCGAUCUUUACUUCUCCUUUUGGCCUACUUCCACUGGCAUUGAACCAUGGGAAUCAAUGGUGAGGAAAUUCUAUGUAUUUCUGUCUGAUCAAAGAUUGCCUGUUUUGUACACAAAAGCUAGAGGUGGGCAGUGGAUUUCGGCAAGACAAGCCAUAUUUCCUGAUUUUAAUUUUCGAAAUGCGAUUGAGCUUGCAGAAGCGUUAUCAGAAGCUGGCUUGCCUGUAGCUAAUGUAUCAAAUGAGAUUGUGAAAAGGUUUAUGGACUCAUGCCCUUCACUUCAUUUUCUCACUCCUCAGCUUCUAAGAAGCAUAUUGAUCCGCCACCAUUAUGGAUUUAAGGAAAAAGUUGCGAGUGUGACUGCUUUAGAAUACUGCUUGAGUGAUCAUAAAGUGAUUUCUUCCUGUGAUAUAUUAAAUGGAUUACCUUUGUUACCUUUAGCUGACGGUAAAUUUACUUCAUUUAACAGAAGGGGAGAAGGUGAUAGAGUAUUUGCUACAUCUAUUGAGGUAUUUGAUCUUCUUGUAAACCGAGUACCAUAUCUACUUGUGGACUGUUCCGUUCCUGAUACUACGCUGAAGAAGCUAAGAGACAUUGCUAAUUCUGGCCUAACUAAUUUGCAUGUAUUGACAUGUUAUUCUGUUGUGGAACUUCUUCCCAGGAUUCUUCCAACUGAAUGGCAGCAUUCUAGGCAGGUACGAUGGACUCCAGGCCAUCAAGAUCAACCAAGUCUUGAAUGGAUGGGGUUAUUCUGGAGCUAUUUGAAGGCAUCCUGUAAUGAUCUUUCAAUAUUUAACACGUGGCCUAUUUUACCUGUGAGGAAUGGUUUUCUUUUGCAACUUGUCGAAAAUUCUGCUGUAAUCAGGGAUGAUGGAUGGAGUGAAAAUAUGUCUUCAUUACUGCAGAAAUUGGGAUGUUCCUUUUUGAGGUCUGACUUGCCUCUUGAUCAUCCCCAUUUAAGAAACUUCGUGCAAGAUGCGACGGCAACUGGCAUUCUGAAUGCUCUGCAAGCUUCUUGUCAGCUGCAAGAUAUUAAGAACUUAUUUCUGAAUGCGUCCAAGGCGGAGAUGCGGGAAUUGAGGAGCUUCAUUUUCCAGUCUAAAUGGUUUUCUGGGGAUCAAAUGGGUUCCAUGCAAAUAGACAUAAUCAAACAUCUUCCAAUUUUUGAGUCCUACAAAAAUGAUGUGCUUUUAACUUUGACUAAUCCAUUAAAAUCGCUUAAACCAGCAGAUUUACUUGAGGAUCUCAUAGAUGAUAGUUUUAUCAGAACAGAAUCCGAGAGGGAAAAGAGCAUUUUGCAAAAUCAUUUGGGAAUCAGAGAAUUACCAAAAGCGGAGUUUUACAAAAACUUCGUGUUUAAUAGUAUAGAAAGUUUCCUUGGAAGAACAACCUUUAUUUUGGAUAUCUUAGUUGAUUUGAAGCUGUUGGCUGAAGAGGAUGAUUCCAUUAAAUCUGCACUAUCGGAAAUGUCUUUUGUUUUAACUGCUGAUGGUUCUUGGCGGCAUCCUUCCAGGCUUUAUGAUCCUCGAGUCCCAAGCCUGCAAAAUCUGCUGAACAAGGACGUUUUUUUCCCGUGUGAUAAGUUUUCAAAUUCUGAAAUACUUGACGUUCUAACAAGCUUUGGACUUAGGAAUAGCUUGAAUUUGAGUGGUCUGAUCGAUGUUGCAAGGUCAGUCUCAAUAUUGCAUGAUUGUGGCCAUGCUGAUGCUCCUCAGUAUGGAAGGAAGUUGCUUUCUUAUCUGAAUGCUUUAGGGAUUAUACUUUCAAAUUCUAAUGGUCAUAAAGAGAACCAUGAUGAUGAUCACCAAAUGUUAACGAUGGAUGGGAUUUCACAUACUAAAGAUCCAGAAGUGAAAAUUGAUGAAGGGAAGAGUUGGGAGUUUGAUCAGGAAGUACUCUCUUUUCUUUCUAGUUUUGUUCUUGAUAUACAAGAAUGUGAAUUUUGGUCAGAGAUUAAGAUUAUUCCAUGGUGCCCUGUAUAUGUCGCUCCUCUUCUGACUGGACUUCCGUGGUUUGCAUCAGAUAAAAGUGUGGCAACUCCAGAAACCACAAGGCCAAAAUCCCAAAUGUGGCAGGUUUCGUCAAAAAUGAGGAUUUUGGAUGGUGAUUGCUCCUCAACUUAUAUCCAUGACAAUCUUGGUUGGAUGCAUCCGCCUGAUAUUGAAACCUUGUCAACUCAGCUAGUUGCACUUUCAAGGGCGUACACUCAGCUGAAAUUGCAGUCCGAGCAUGAAUUUGAUAUUGAUGGUGUCUUGCAAAGAGAGAUUCCCCCUUUAUAUUCAAAGUUACAGGGCUACAUUGAUAAAGAUGACUUCAAAAUUCUGAGAGAAGCUUUGGAUGGAAUCAAUUGGGUUUGGCUAGGUGAUAACUUUGUACAGUCAAAGUCAGUUGCAUUCAACUCACCCGUGAAGUAUCACCCUUAUCUAUAUGCUGUUCCAUCAGAGCUGUGUGAGUUCAGAUCUUUGCUUUCACGGUUGGGUGUGAAGUUGACUUUUGAUGCCAUGGAUUAUUUACAUGUUUUGCAGUGCUUACAGCAGGAUGUUAAUGGAGAACCGUUAUUAGCUGAGCAAUUAAGUUUUGUUCAAUGCGUCUUAGAAGCUUUUGCCGACUCAUUGACCGAUAGACAAUCAACGGAUGCACUUUUGAACUCACUAUUUAUUCCUAGUUCAUCUGGACAUCUGAUGAGUCCAUCGAACCUUGUUUAUAAUGAUGCUCCAUGGAUUGAUAUAAAUAGUACUCAAAAGCAUUUCGUGCACUCUUAUAUCAGUAAUGAUCUAGCUAAACGGCUUGGAGUACAAUCUUUUCACAGUUUGUCUUUGGUUGAUGAGAAAACUGCAAGGGAUUUUUCAUGCAUGGAUUAUGCCAGAAUAUCAGAUUUGUUGGCUUUAUAUGGGGAAAGUGACUUUCUUCUAUUCGACCUUCUUGAGCUAGCUGAUUGCUUACAAGCAAAGAAAUUGCACCUAAUAUAUGAUAAACGCCAACAUCCCAGGCAAUCAUUGCUCCAACAUAAUCUUGGCAACUUUCAAGGAUCCGCUCUUACAGUCGUGCUUGAUGGAGCAACUUUGAGAACUGAAGAAGUUCACAGCCUUCAGCUUCCUCCACCAUGGAAGAUUCGUGGCAACACUCUGAAUUAUGGAUUAGGGUUUGUUGGCAGUUACUUCAUUUGUGAUAUAAUGACAAUGGUUACCGGUGGCUGCUUCUUUAUUUUUGAUCCGCUUGGGUUAGUUCUUACUGCAUCCUCUGGUGGUACUCCCUCAGCAAAGCUUUUUUCCUUGAUAGAAAAUGACUUGACUGAAAGAUUUCCUGAUCAAUUUAGCCCACUGCUUAUGAAACAAGGGUUUUGCUCAGUACCUUUCGAUUCAACAUUUAUUCGCAUGCCAUUAUCUUCAAAAGGCUUGGAGGAGAACGGAUUUGGUUGCAAGAGAGUAAUGCAUAUCUUUAAUAGAUUCAUGAAUCAAGCAUCGUCAGCUCUCCUCUCACUGAAGUCUAUUUUUCAGGUAUCUUUAUCAACGUGGGAAGAGGGGAAUUUACAUCCAUCCUUGGACUUUUCGGUUUCUAUCGACCCAUCCGCUUCUAUUAUGAGGAACCCCUUUUCUGAAAAGAGAUGGAAAAAGUUUCAGCUAUCAAGGAUAUUUAGCACGUUACCCGAUGCCAUUAAAAUGCAUGUAUUAGAUGUUCAUAUAACUCAGGGUGACAGAAGUUUUGUGGAUAAGUGGCUUGUUGUGCUCUGCUUGGGAUCUGGAAAAACACGAAACAUGGCACUUGAUAGGCGCUAUCUUACUCACAACUUGACUCCAUUUGCCGGAGUAGCAGCUCAUAUAUCUCAAAAUGGACAACCUAUAAGCCCACCAGCAUCCAGUUGCAUAUUGUCUCCCUUGCCCCUGUCGGGGGUAUUAAGCAUGCCAGUAACUGUUAUUGGAUGCUUCCUCAUAUCUCACAUUGGUGGGCGGUAUCUUUUCAGCCAUUCAGAUGGACAUGUUUUAACGGAGCAAGCUAAUGCUAAAGGUCUUUUGGCUGAAGCUUGGAACAAAGAAUUGCUACUAUGUAUUCGAGAUUCUUAUGUUCAAUUGGUGUUGGAGUUUCAAAAGAUCAGGAAGGACUACCACACUUCAUGUUUUGAGUCAAACUCUGCACGUGCUUUAAGUUAUAUUCUACAGGCAUAUGGUGAUAGAAUUUACUCUUUCUGGCCUAGAUCUAAAAAGAAUUCAAAAUCAUAUGGUGAUGUUGAUAGUGCCGGCGAGGAAACAGUUACUAGUAAAGCUAGUGAGGCAGAUUGGGUGUCACUAGUUGAACAAGUGAUUAGGCCUUUCUAUUACCGCCUUGUUGAUAUGCCAGUUUGGCAAUUAUACUGUGGCAAUGUUGUGAAAGCUGAUGAAGGUAUGUUCCUGUCUCAAUUUUCUGGUGAAAAUGGUGAUAACCUUCCACCCGCUAGGGUUUGUAGCUUCCUCAAAGAGCGUUACCCUGUUUUUUCUAUGCCAUCUGAAUUAGUGAAGGAAAUUCAGGCGUUAGGAGUUAAGGUGAGGGAGAUCACGCCUAAGAUGAUUCGUGGUCUACUUAAAUCUUCAGUUUCAGUUUUACCUGAAUCUGUUGAAAUGUAUAUAGAUGUGCUUGAUUACUGUUUGUCAGAUAUUCAGAUGCCAGAUUUGUCAGCAAGUGAACUAUCAGGUUUCAACAAUAGAUUGGAUUCUGUGGGUGCUUUGCAUGCGGUAAGUGAUGAUUUGUCUACAACUGCACCAUUUUUAUCCUCAAUGAAAUCACAGAGAAUUCAUAGAGAUGCUUUUCAGAGUUCAAGUAGUUCUGCAGGUGAUGCCCUUGAAAUUGUAACGUACUUUGGCAAGGCCUUAUAUGACUUUGGCCGUGGAGUUGUUGAGGAUAUAGGCAAAGCAGCGGAUCCUCUACCCAAUGUUGCUACUGCUUCUGGCAUGUCUAUUUAUAGUGAUGGAUCAUUAGCAUCUAUUCUUGCAGAGCUAAAAGGGUUGCCAUUUCCAACUUCAACAAAGUGUCUAUUGAGACUGGGCAUUGCAGAGAUAUUGAUUGGGAGCAAGGAGCAGCAGCUAUUUAUGUAUCCACUGGCAGAUAAAUUUAUCCAUACUCUUUGCUUAGAGAAAUCUUUCUUGUCUAAGAUUCUUUUUACCCAAAACAUUCACGGAGUUUUAAAAUUAAAGAGCUUCACCCCUCAGUUGGUAGCAGAGCAUUUGAGGCUGCUGCUUACUGAAUCUUGGGUGAUUCACGUAUUAUCUGUUAAUCAAGCUCCUUGGGUAUCAUGGGAUAACACUGCAGGCUCUGUGUUCGAUGGGCCACGUCCUGAGUGGAUAAGACUCUUCUGGAAAAUCUUUAGAGACAUUAAAGGUGAUCUUUCACUUAUUUCUGAUUGGCCAUUAAUUCCCGCAGUUCUGAAUAGACCAAUCUUAUGUCGUGUAAAAGAGAUCAAACUGAUAUUUAUUCCACCCAUGCUGGAGCAAUCUACUGUCACAUUUGAUGGGACUGGCAUGAUAAAUUCAUCAGAAAGUAUUGUUGAAUUAAAAAAGAUAUAUAGCACUGCAUUUGAAAUGAUAUCUUCUAGAUAUCCAUGGCUAAUAUCUUUGCUAUAUCAGUUGAGCAUACCACUUUAUGAUAUGUCAUUUCUGGACUCUGCUGCAUUGUGUUAUUUUUUCCCUACACUUAGUCAAUCACUGGGGCAUGUUAUUGCCUCCAAGCUACUUGCUGCAAAAUAUGCUGGUAGAUUUUCUGUUCCACUUCAUUUAUCUGAUGAAAAUCGUGACAGAUUGUUCACCUUGUUUGCUUUGGAUCACCAAUCACCGACUUGCUGUUUGUACAAAAGAGAAGAGCUAGACUUAUUGAAAGAACUUCCUAUAUACAAAACAGUAACAGGUUCCUACACCAUGAUAGUUGACAGAAAUCAGUGCACAAUUUCUCCAACAGCUUUCUUUCAUCCUAAAGAUGAACGGUGUCUUUCUCAUUCAGCAGAUGCAAAUCAAUUUCUUCAUGCUUUAGGGGUUGAUGAGUUGACUGAUCAAGAAGUAUUUCUAAGAUUUGCUUUGCCUGAUUUUGAAGUGAAGACAUCAGCGGAAAAGGAAGAUAUUUUAUUUUAUUUAUAUUUAAAUUGGAAAGAUCUGCAAUUAGAUACCACAAUAGUGAAUUGUUUGAAAGAGACAAAUUUCGUGCGUACUGCCAAUGAAGUUAGUACUAAUCUAUUUAAACCAAGGGAUUUGUUGGAUCCUCAUGAUUCAUUGUUGUCAUCAGUAUUCAGUGGGGAGAGAAGUAAAUUCCCCGGUGAGAGGUUUACUACAGAUGGAUGGCUCCACAUUUUAAGGAAAACAGGUCUUCGCACAUCCUCACAAGGUGAUAUGAUAACAGAGUGUGCAAGAAAGAUCGAGUCACUUGGACGUGAAGCCCUUGCACAUGCAGGGGAUCUUGAAAGUUUUGAGACUGAGUCAUCCUUUAGGAAAAAAGAAGUUCCUUUGGAGAUAUGUUCAUUAGCUGAAUCUGUCGUAGUUGCAAUAAUUGCAAACCUUUCAACACUUUUUAACAAUGAUUUCUGUGACACGAUCAGUAAUAUUGCUUUUGUUCCUGCUGAAAAAGGUCUUCCCAUGAUUGGUGGUAAGAAAGGUGGGAAUAGGGUCCUUUGCACAUAUAGGGAAGCAAUUUUUUCCAAGGACUGGCCUUUGGCCUGGAGUACUGCUCCAAUCCUUGUCAAAUUGAAUGUGAUUCCUCCUGAAUUUUCUUGGGGAGCAUUUCAUCUUAGGAGCCCCCCACCCUUUUCUACUGUUUUAAAGCAUUUGCUGGUUGUUGGAAGAAACAAUGGAGAGGACACACUUUCUCGUUGGCCAUGUUCACCAGGAAUGAUGACAGUAGAAGAUGCUUCUUUUGAAAUUCUAAAGUAUUUGGAUGCAAAUUGGGGAGCAAGAUCUUCCUCGGAUACAAGGGAGUUGCAGAAAGUGCCAUUCAUCCCUGUUGCAAAUGGGACUCGCUUUGUUACAGUGACAUCUUUGUUUGUUCGUCUAACAACUAACCUUUCACCAUUUGCAUUUGAGCUUCCCAGUAUGUAUUUACCAUUUGUGAAGAUUUUGAAGGAAAUUGGGAUACAUGAAGUUCUUACAGUUGACCAUGCGAGAGACCUUAUCAUGAACAUCCAAAAUUCCUGUGGAUAUCAACGCCUUAAUCCAAACGAACUUCGUGCCAUUAUGGAAAUAUUGAAUUUCAUUUGCAGCAGCGCUAUCAAAUCAAGUUCUGAUAGAUCUGAGAAUGUAUUUGAUCAUAUAGUACCAGAUGAUGGCUGCAGGCUUGUAUCAGCGAACUCCUGUGUAUAUGUGGAUUCUUAUGCUUCACAGUUUCUUGCUGAAAUAGAUGCUUCUAGGAUUAGAUUUUGUCACCCAGAGCUUCCCGAAAAUAUAUGCGUGACUUUAGGCAUCAAAAAGGUUUCUGAUGUUGUCAUUGAGGAACUAGAUGAACCCCAAUUGCAACUUGUGGAUCAGAUUGGUUCUGUUCCAUUGAGCAAGAUAAAGAAUAAGCUUUUAAGCAAACAACUUCAGCAUGCACUCUGGAAAUUAAUUGAUGGUAUGAAAUACCACUCUUCAUCAUUUGAAGUGAUGAAUUUGGAACACUUGGAAAGGUCGCUAAGUCAGGUGGCAUAUAAAUUGCAGUUUGUUAAAUUACUUCAUACUCGUUUUCUUCUACUUCCAAAUAAUGUGGAUAUUACACGCAUACCAAAGGAUUUUGGUAUACCUGAAUGGAAUUUGAGUCCCAGGCAUCGUACUGUACAUUUUGUGGAUAAAUCAAGGAACAAAAUUUUAGUCGCAGAACCUCCAAGCUACAUAUCCAUAUAUGAUGUUGUUGCCACAGUCGUAAGUCAGAUUUUAAAGGCACCAUCCAUAUUACCAAUUGGGCCGCUCCUUGCUUGCCCAGAUGGUUCUGAGAAAGCAUUUCUGAUUGCAUUGAAACUAGGAUCUGAAAUUGGAAUCAUUAGAGAAGGUAAAACCAAUAUACUUGCAGGGAAGGAACUGGUUCCUCAGGAUGCUCUUCAGGUGCAGCUCCUGCCCAUGAGACCUUUUUAUAGAGGCGAGAUAGUUGCAUGGAAACAUGGUAAAGAAGGGGACAAACUAAGAUAUGGUGUUGUUUCAGAAGAUGUGAGGCCAACUUCUGGUCAAGCAAUUCACAAGAUACCUUUGGAAAUAUUUCCUGGAGUGCUUCAAGCACUUCUAUCAACUCAAGUUUUCUCUUUCAAAAAUGUUUCUAUGGGAGAUGUUACUUAUAUGUCAUCGUUGCCAGAAAGCAGUCAGGUCACCUCCAAAAAUGUGCUGCUCAAUGUUCAGGAAAAUAAAGAUUCUGAAAAUGGCAAAGUAGAGCAACAGACUGGAAGAGAACUGCGGUAUGGUAAAGUAUCUGCAGAAGAGACAGUUCGAGCUGUCCAUGACAUGCUCUUAACUGCUGGAAUCAACAUGGAUACUGAGCAGCAGACACUCCUACGGACGACUCUUGCCCUUCAAGAACAGAUCAAAGAGUUUCAGGUGGCCCUGUUAGUUGAGCAGGAAAAGACAGAAACAGCAAGCAAAGAUGCUGAUACAGCAAAAGCUGCUUGGUCCUGUCGUGUUUGUCUUAGUUCUGAGGUCGACACCGCCAUUGUUCCUUGUGGCCAUGUCCUCUGCUACAAAUGCUGUUCUGAAGUUCACCGGUGUCCUUUCUGCCGCUGCUUUAUUUCAAAUAAGCAGAAAAUUUUCCGCCCAUGAAUGCCUGCAGCUGAAUGAUUACAAAAAGAUCUGUAAAACUUAAGAAGAUAUUCCAAAGUUCCGAAUUGAAGAUUCAAGAAAAUAAGAACAACAAAUCUACAUAGACAUCCAAGAAGCAAUCACUGAAGAAUUCAUAUGGUACAUAACUUAAAAGAAGAUAUUUGUAAAAAGUUUUUUCUUUCUUUUUUUUUUAAGUUUUUUUUCUAUUUUACAAAUAAUCUUGUAAAAAUUCCAUUUAUGAGGUAAUUCAAUUGAAAUAACCAUUCAUUUUUUGUGAUAUCCGACCUCUUGUGCAUGUUUUUUGAGUGAUGAACUAAUCUAAACCCUUUGGAUGCUAA